AUGUUAAAAUGUGAUUAUUGUUGUUGUCGUCCAUCAUCAUUAAUAAUAAACUGUUUAAAAUGUAAUCCAUCUCGUUCUAUAAGUAUAUGUUUUAAAUGUUCAUUAUAUGUUAAUCAAUUACGUGAACAUGCUAAACACCAUUCACUAGCAACAUAUAAAUUAAAUGAUAUUCCAUUGGAUGAAAACAAUAUAAGUGAAUGGUUAUCUAAUGAUGAAAUUAAUUUUAUUGAAAUAAUUGAAUCAUGUGGAUUAGGAAAUUGGAAUGAUAUUGGAUUAAAAAUGUCGAAAAAUUCAUUUGAUUGUCAAAAUCAUUUUGAAGAUAUUUAUUUAUCACGUUCAACAAGUUCAUAUUCAAUUUAUUUUCAAUCAUUUCUCAAUAAUAAAAAAUUAUUCGGUGAAAAUCAAAUCAAUGAAAGUUAUUUUAAAAUAAAAUCUUUAAUUUAUCCACCAAUGUUAAUUGAUAGUGAACAACAAAAGAUGUUAACUUAUAUGCCAUACAGAGAUGAAUACGAAAGAGAAUAUUUGAAUCAAGCUGAAAACCGUCUUCCCUUAUUGAAUAAUGAUCAUCAACAACAACAAUUUCAACAAAUUGAACAAUCCGAAGAACAACAAGAUGGUUCAACUAUUUUAUUGCAUAAAGCUAAAUUAUCACUCUUACGUUCUUAUGCACAAAUAUUAAGAAGAAGAUUACAAUUAAAAGACUUUAUUAGAGAUUAUGCUUUAGGAUUUAAUUAUUCACCUGAUCAACAAAUGGAUCUCCAUCAAAUAAGUCGUUUUCUUUCUGCUGAUCAAUAUGAACGGCUUAUUUUUAAUCAUCGACGUAUUAGAAAUUUAUUAGAAGAACUUGGUUGUUCAACAUCUUCAAAUAAAGAUAAUGAUCAAUCUCAGCCAAGAAAAAAGGCUUCAUCAAUAAAUAGUGAAAAACGUUCUCGACGUCGAGCUUUAUCAAAUAUAGUUGAUGAAUCUUCAUCGAUAUCAGAUAAUGAAUCAAAUUUAUCCUUAACAUCUUCGUCAUCAUCUUCGUCUUCAUCGUCGUCUUCAUCAUCAACGAAGUCAAUCUCGAAAUCUUCGAAAUCAACUAAAUCAUCUUCAUCAUCGUCAUCAUUAAAUAGUCGAAAUGAUGAAUUACAUUCUAGCAUAAGACAUCGUUCUGUUCGUCGCGUUUCAUCAUCAUCAACAAAUACAUCAAUAAAAACAUCAAAUAUUAAAGAAAGACUUUAUACAAGACGAAGAAUAAAUCCACCAGACAAUAAUAAUUAUUCUCAACGAAUGACACGUUCCACUGGAAAUCAAUUGACAACGUCAGAUAUAAGUUGGGAUUCAACAGAUGAUGAAUUAAAUAAUUUAUCUGAUAAUAAUUAUGAAAAUAUGAAAAAAUCAACAGUUGCUUCAAGAACACGCAGUCAUACACCACCACAUUAUCAUUUCGAUAAAAAACAAACUAGAAAUUCACCAAAUGGAAAACGAACAACUAAUCAUAUAAAUGGUUCAACAAAAAGAUAUUUAUUUGAUCAAAAUGAUGAAUGUGUUUCUCGAUCGGGAUCAACGUCAACGCCGAAAAUGAACCGAAUGUUAACACGACAUCAACUUGUUGUUCAACAAACAUCACCAAACAAAAAACGAAAAUUAAAUUCAAAUUCAAAUUCAAAUUCAAAUUCAAUUGAUGAUCAACAUUAUUCGAUCAAUUGA